GAUUCGGGAGGUGGGGCCGGUAUACAAGCUGAUCUACAGGCAAUUCACGCUAUGGGUUGCCAUGGAUGCAGUGCCAUCACCUGYUUGACAGCACAAAAUUCCAAAGGUGUCACGGGCAUCCACGUCCCACCAUGUUCCUUUCUGGAAGAACAACUCGAGUCUUUGAAGAGCGACUUGCCACCACGGGCCAUAAAAAUCGGCAUGUUGGGAACCCGAGAAUUGUGCGAGGUAGUGGGAAAAGUUCUGCGAGAGAUAUACGAUGGGAGGGAAGGAAAGAAGGUCUGGAUUGUAGUAGAUCCUGUAAUGAUCAGUACAUCGGGUUCGAAGCUUUUGGACGACGAUGCCGUUGACGCAAUGAUCGAACACGUUUUUCCAUAUGCAGACGUUAUCACUCCCAAUAAAUUCGAGGCCGAGGCUCUGCUUCAACRAAAAYUGAAGACACCGAAAGAUAUCGAAGACGGAGCCCAAGAAUUACUGAAACUUGGAUGUCGUUCUGUUCUGAUCAAAGGUGGGCAUACCCUUUUGGAAGAAUCGUCRUCGUCGUCGUCCACAGAGGACUCUGUAUCUGGAUCGCAAUCGCCAUCAUCAGAAGUUCAAAGCACACUUGAAUAUGCACAGGACUAUUUGCUCUCAUCGGAUCCGGCACCAACAGCUGGGGAUGAGAGGUUGUGCGACACUUCGGCAUCCUCGACAAAAACGAGAGGCGUCUGGAUGCGUUCGAUUCGAUGGGACACCUCGCAUACCCAUGGGACGGGAUGCACCUUGUCGUCAGCAAUUGCUUCGGCUCUAGCUUUGGGAGAAGAGAAUCGCGGCGAGUCAGAAGGCGAACAGGUGGGAGCAACAAGCGCUAUUGAAAUUGCGGACGCAUGCUGUUUGGCAAAAGCAUACGUCUCUGCAGGUAUCCAGAGCGGAGUUCAGCUGGGAUCUGGUCCUGGGCCCGUUGCUCAAACCGARUUUCCUUCGUCUUGGGAAAAYUUUCCAAGCAUUGCGAUCGAUCCAACGAGCAACUCGAAAUCAGAUAAGGGUCACUUUCGUGUCAUGAGAGCCUUUUCGGCCGCUGCAGAGGAAGCCACGAAUGGUGACGACAACGAAAGGGAAAAAAUUCCUACACUUGGUAGAAUCCUUCCAAUUGUCGACACGGUGGAGCAGGUCGAACAAUUUUCAAAAAUACCAGGCGUUACCGAUAUCCAAUUGCGAAUCAAGGACGAGAAAGACCCAGUGAAGAUUAAGGAACGUGUAAAGUUGUGCCAAAGAUACUGCGAAUCAAAUGGUGUCAACCUAUGGAUAAACGACUACUGGGAAGCUGCGGUGGAAGCUGGGUGCUUCGGUGUUCAUGUCGGACAGGAAGAUUUGGUGAAAUGCAUGCUCGCCGGGGGAUUGGACCGACUGAAAUCAAAGCAGAUGGCCCUGGGAAUCUCGACGCAUUCCUACGGAGAGUUGGCUGUAGCCCUUGGCAUCAAUCCCACGUACAUUAGCAUGGGGCCGGUUUACGCAACGAAAUCAAAAAAGGUAGGAUUCUACCCACAGGGUCUCGAGACGGUGCGAAGAUGGAGGAAACUGAUACCUCCGUCCAUGCCGUUUGUAACAAUAGGCGGGAUCAAUAGCUUGGAAACGGCAUCGGACAACAGGGAAGCGGGCGCCGAUUGCAUCGCUGUCAUUAGUGCGCUUACUCAAUCGGACGACCCAGCUGCGAGUGUCAAAGACUACAAUGAUGUCAUGGUGUAAUAAUGUUUUUACUYUAUUGAAUAG